AUGGACAACGAACAUCAAGCGCAGUUCAGCGAACAAUCGCAUCUCCCUCCUCACAUCGAGCGGUCUCAAUCGAGCUCGUCAUCCUCCUCGGUCGAUCACGAACACGACGAGCACCAGAUUCACCAGCCGACUCCGAUCCGACCUCGACUGCCCAGUCGCAAGAGCAGUGGGCCUCUAGUGGUGCCCCGGGACAGCUCAGCGGUUGGUCCAAACGAUGCCGAGUUCGGGCCCGACGACGUGAGGGCUAUGAGCCCACGAAGGACCAGCGAGGAUAUCGAAGCACUUGGAAGGGAAGCGCGGGAAGAGCUCAAGAGACACGCAAAGGCUCUGCAAGACUCCCUCUUGACCAUAUUUAACCGCAUCGAGGCGGUCAGAGAAGAACACGACAAGCUUGAUAACAACAACAAAUUCCUCCAGAAAUACAUCGGCGACCUCAUGACUACGAGCAAAAUCACCGCCGCUCCGAGCAAGGGCAAGAAAUAA